CGCGGGUGGGCGUGGCCGUGCCAGUCGCCGGGGCUGCGCGGGAGGGAGGCGGCCGCCUUUGCCAUUCUUAAAGGGGACCCGUGGGAAGGCGCGAGGGUGCUGUGACGGCCGGAAGGAAAAUGAGUGAGUCUUUGGUGGUCUGUGAUGUUGCUGAAGAUUUGGUGGAAAAGUUGAGAAAGUUUCGUUUUCGCCGAGAAACAAACAAUGCUGCCAUAAUAAUGAAGAUUGAUAAAGAUAAAAGCCUGGUGGUACUGGAUGAAGAGCUUGAGGGUAUUUCACCAGAUGAACUGAAAGAUGAACUACCUGAACGACAACCUCGCUUCAUUGUGUAUAGUUAUAAAUAUCAACAUGAUGAUGGAAGAGUUUCAUAUCCUCUGUGCUUUAUUUUCUCUAGUCCUGUAGGAUGUAAGCCUGAACAACAGAUGAUGUAUGCUGGGAGUAAGAACAAACUAGUCCAAACAGCUGAGCUAACCAAGGUAUUUGAAAUCAGAAAUACUGAAGACCUUACUGAAGAAUGGUUACGUGAAAAGCUUGGAUUUUUCACUAAUGUGAACGUCUGUGUUUCUAAAGUAUUUAUGUAUUAACCUGACCAUACUGGAACCAGACAUAAAUACUUAUUUAUGCCUAAAAAUGCACUGUUACUUACAGUUUGUUUCCUGCAGUAAACAAAAAAUUCUUCAUUUGUUCCAAGUUUGAACAAAGGGAAAAUCAUCUUCAUAGUAAUGAAACUUCCUUCGUAAAGUGUUCCUUUAUAUUUGUAAUUGUUAGGUGGACUACUUCUCUCCAGGGACUUUUUGCACUCUUGUGACUAAUUUCUAUAACUUCUGGUUCAGAAUUUGUUACUAUUUGCAGACACCAUUGGAAAGUGAGUAUAGGUCGCGAUGGAUAACAGUUGCCUCCUUUAGACAAAUACUGGAUAUUAGCAGUUUGUGUAUGAGAAUAGCAUAUUACCACUUGUCAAAUAUUUGAAAUUAUUUUCGGAUAAAAUACUUCUGUGAGUGACCCAGUUUUUAUCCAAAAAUAAUAGCUGAGUAUAACCUGCGUUGCAAGUACCUUUUCAUCAGUUAUAUGCCUUUUUUUGAUUUUCUAUAUCUUUUUAAUCAAGUUCAGAAAUUUUGUUCUUGAAUUACUCAUUCUUAAGGCAUUGGAUCAUAUUUCAUAAUAAAGUUUAACUCUGUAGUUUUCUUAUGGAAAAUAGUAUUGGUGGGUUGUAAUAAUCAAGGGCUUUCAUUCCUGGAUCUGUCAUUCUAGAUAAUUUUGAAUAUAGGUUAUUAAUACUUCAUUUAGAAAACACUUCUUAAUGUCAUAUGAGCAGUAGUUAUUUUAAAUAUAUUAAUACUGUGCCUUUGAUUUGUUAGCUUUAAAGUUAAUUUAAGACUUUUACACUGCCAGUAUUCCAGAUUUGGUGAUGUUAAUACUUUUAUAAAGGGUCCAAAUAAAUCAAUUUUCUAAUAUAUGUAUUUGAAAUUUGUAAUAAAAUCAGCUUUCUAUUUAAAAAAUUCCAACUAUCUUGCACUAAUAAUUUCUGGGAGUUAAGAGACAUAGUUUUGAAAAUUCUAUGAUUUAUUUUGUGCCAUAAGGAUAAAUUACUUACAAGCUUAGUCAUAGUUCAUAAAAAUCCACUAAAAAUUGCAUCUGAUAUUUUAAAUAUAAAUAUGUUCUUUUUUUAUAAAGAUAUUAUUAACUGGAAAAUUGUUCAAAUUGAUGGUAUCCUUGGCAGAAGUCAAGGACUAGCAUACAGUGCUUUUAAAGUAAAUGUAUGUCCUUUAAUGUUCAUUUGUCAAAAUGUCUUGAGACUAAAGAAAACUUAAUUAGAUUAAAUUUGGAGACUAUUUUCUUACUUAUGUAUCUUAGUCACUUCAGUACAAGUAUAGGGUUUUUUUUUUUUAAUGUUGGCAUAUUUUUAGUCAGAUGUUCUUAGCAUUUUUGAGGUUUCUUAUGCCAACUUUAAUAGGAAUGGGAAGAUAGUUGGAAUUUUCAUAAAAUUAAAUAGAGCCUUUCUGUUCCCAACACUCUUUGGUUUCACUAAUUCAGAAAUUAGAAAGCAAUGGGAAGUUAGUUGGAGAUGAGGAAGUGCUUGUGUGGGUAUUUGUUUUGGAUAGGGUAUGGGAAGAAUUCUUUAUUCCAGUUUCCAGAGAGUGAGAGUGAGAUCAUUGCCCAGGAAGAUUAAGCGUUCUUGAAGCAGGUAUUUUGAUAUGGAUAAUUGUGCUUAUGAUUCUGCCAAAAAGCAGUUGUAACCCAAGUGACUAGAGAGUGUUUUUAAUGUUUUUGAAUGAAAGAAUUGAGAUUUUGUUUCACCUGGUUCGCAGCAAUAAGAGAAAUAGCCAGUGCUACAGGAAUAUAUUUUUUGAUGAGGUUCCUUAUUUUGUCUUGCAUGUUCAAGUAUUUUCUUUUAAAUGUAUAAGUCUUCCAUCUUGACAUACACAGAACUUAGUCCCCCUGUUCUCUAACAAAGGGACAGAAAGCUGUAAUAAGCCGAGCUGUUUUGAGCCUGUCUAAUUCUUAUUGGUAACAUUUGUUUUUGCAAGAGGUAGAUUGAGGUUAAGGGAUUUGUAGAACAGUUUUUACUCCUUCUGUCUUAGAGGAAGCUUUACAGAUCCCAACUCUAGAGUGUUCUCAGGCGUUUAUAGAAAUUUCUCUGUCCUCUAACCAAAUUUUGCGGUUAUUUUCAAGUAUAUUUCCACUUUGAUGUUUUUUUGCCUUCUGUCAAAUAGUAAUUUUCCUAAGUUUUCAUAAGAUUACAUAAGUCCAAUUUUACAUUCCAUAUCUUUUCGGUACAGCCAUUCCCACUUAGUCUUAAAUUAAUCUUUAUUUUUUGGCUGCAGUUAUUGUCCUGGGAACCUCCUUUAUAGUCACCUUUAAGUGACCACAUCACCAUUAGUUUCAAAGUUGUUGGAGUUGGCUUAAAUUUUGCAUAGCAUCUACUGUCAGAAUAGAACCAAUUGGUAAUCUCAGAAUG